GGGCACCGAGGGGAACCGGGGGGUCCCGGGGCCACCGCCCCCCGGGGCUCCCUCUACUGCCGGGCCCCGAUCGACCCUUCCCGCCCUGUGCUGCCUGAGGGGUGCUGACCCCCGACCCGAGGAGUCUCCUGCCCUGCAGAGCCCCCUCCCUCGCCCUGGGGCUGCGGAGACCCGGGAGGUGCCGAAGCGGGAGUCCCGCAGCACGGGGGGGGGGGGUGUGACCGCCACACCGAACCCCCCGGAGCUCUGCCACCCCCCGACACCCACCUGGCUCUGUUGGUGGGGGGCACCUGCCCUGCCCGUGACACCCAGGGGCUUCGGGAGGGACUCGGGUCGAGUCCUGGGCCCGCGGUCACGAGGAGCCCCGGGGACGGUGCCGGGAGUCACCCUCAGCAGGAGCCUUGUGUCUCUAACUUGGACCUGAGGAAGUGGGUGCAGCUCUCUUUGUUCCCCGGGGACUCCUGGCACCUCUCGGGAGGGGGUGGCACCCUGGCCCCGUCUGUCCUUGCCCCCUCCACCUGCAGUGGAUCCCGGCCGUGCUCUACCCAGUACCCCUCCCCACACCCCAUUCCCUGCACCCCACCCCAUCUCCCGUUCCCUGUACCCCACACUCGGCCGCUGCACACCCCCCGCCCACCCGCUCCUGGUCCCAUCCAGGCUCUGUGUGGCCCCACAAGCUGCCCUUGUUCCAUUUUUGGCCCUAAGUGGGCAGAAAUCUCCAGGCGUAUUUAACAUCUAAAUCCCGAAUCCCUGGAAGCCGCAAUUAAGCCGCUCUCCCUGCAGAAAAUCCCCAGGCUGAGCGACGACCACACCACCGCGUGCUCCGACCCCCGCCCGCCAUGUGCCACCAGCACGUGGGGACAGGGGGACGCGAAGCUGCCCCCGCAGAGGGACCCCUGAGUCCCUGGGGCCCCCCCGUGCCCGGCCCCCUCCUCACUGCUGGGCAGAGGCACCACCGGGCUCCUCCACAGCCAUGGGGCUGAGUCCUGCUCCCGUCCUUGUUCUUGUGCUGCUGCUGCUGCUCGGGGCCACAGUGAACGGGCAGCCUCGGGGACGGAUCCUGGGGGGCUACGAGGCCAGGCCCCACCUGAAGCCGUUCAUGGCCUCUCUGCAGCUGGACGGGCAGCACGUCUGUGGGGGCUUCCUCGUCGCCGAGCAGUGGGUGCUGAGCGCUGCCCACUGCACCGAGGAGACGGGUGACAAACUCUUCCAGGUGCUGCUGGGUGCACACUCGCUCACGGAGCAGGAGCCCCACAAACGCCUGUACCGGGUGCGUGCCCAGUUCCCCCACCCCGGCAGCAACAAGCACAACAACAAGGACGACCUCCUCCUCCUCCAGCUGGAGGAGAAAGCGGAGCUGAACGCGGACGUGCAGGUGCUGCCGUUCCAGCGGGAGGACAGGGACGUGGCGCCCGACACGGUGUGCGAGGUGGCGGGAUGGGGCAUCACCAGCCACAGCGGGAGGAGGCCCGACAGGCUGCAGCAGGUGGAGCGGCCGGUGAUCAGCCGCGACGUCUGCAACCACCGCACGCGCCACGACGGCACCAUCACCAACAACAUGAUGUGCACCGACUCCCGCAGGAGGGACACCUGCAAGGGAGACUCUGGUGGCCCCCUGGUCUGUGGAGGGGUGGCCGAGGGACUGGUCACCGCCGGCUCCCGCGUCUGCGGCAACUACAAGAAACCGGCCAUCUACACCCGCCUGGCCCCGUACGCGGCCUGGAUCGACGGCGUCAUGGCCUCCGCCGAUGGGGAGGGGGACACUCGCUGAGGGGACCCCGGGGACCUGCUCCACGCCACGGCUUGCUGCUGCCAGCACGGCCAGAGCACCCACGCCGCUGCCCCGCUGCACACCAGGGGCUCCCACCGCCCACCCCGCUCCCGGAGCGUCCCCCCACAGCAGGAGGGGACGGCAAGGAACCAGGGAAGGGGGUCCCUGGGUCCCUACUUGCAAAGCACAGGGCCCGGCUGGGGGAGGAUGGGGGGUCACAGUCCCCCACAGGCUUUGCUGAAGGUGCCCGAAACGCUGCCCACGAUCGCUGCAAUAAAGUGAUGAUGACUUCUGCAGA